GCUUCAGACCUUCACCCAGCUGAUCUAAACGGGAAAGCUGACCCUUACAUAGUAAUCAAUCUAGGCUCGAAACGAACGAGUGAUAAAGAGAAUUACAUUUCCAAGCAAUUAAACCCCAUCUUCGGGAAGUGUUUCGAGUUUGAGGCCACGUUCCCACAAAACUCCUUGCUUACAGUGCAGAUCUUUGACUGGGAUCUCCUUGGAAGCGAUGACUUGAUUGGAGAAACCAAGAUAGACCUGGAGAACCGGUUUUACAGUCGCCACCGCGCCACCUGUGGAAUAGCUCAGCGAUAUGAAACGUCCGGGCCUAACCAGUGGCGGGAUCCCAUGAAACCAACACAAAUUCUAACUAAGCUCUGUAAGGACAACAGACUGGACGGACCACAUUUCAUGCAUAACCGAAUAACCAUAGGAAACCAAGUUUUCACUUUCCGUGUUGAAAAUGAAGAUGAAGGUACAAGGGUUAGUGAAGAACAUACAGCACUCGCUGUUCUCCAUCGCUGGGAUCAAAUUGUGAAAAUUGGAUACAAGUUAGUUGAGGAGCAUGUGGAAACAAGGCCACUGUACCAUCCUGAUAAACCAGGUAUCGAACAG